AUGUCUGAAAACUAUGGCGCUCAAGCCUUCCGUCACUAUCCUCGCAUCAUCAGGACCGGUAACUUUGACUUAGAAGAUCUUCUCUUUAUGAGUGUCGGUGAUGUUCUUGAAAGGGACAUGAUGGACGGUGAACCCUUCAUUGCCGGUAUCGCCGGACUGUUUGAGGCUGAAACACGAACUUGUCGGACCGUAUCGCAUGCGAUAUUGGAUGUCCGCCUUUCCCACAACAACCGCUACAUUGACCUACGUCUCACUGUUCACAGCUUAUUGGAAGAUAUUCUUACCACAUAUGACUACCUACAUAGCUCGCUCGAGCAGAUAGCUACAGGAUUUCGACACGCGGGGACGGAGUUGUGGUCGACGCGAAGAGACGAAAUCAGGAUGAGUUGGCUCUGUGAACCAGGAAAAGAUCUGUUUGAAAGCUUCAAGGACCGUUCCAGCCCGGACGAGCUACACAAAGUCAACGAUCCCCAAGCCCCCAGCUGGCAGAAAAGGGAAGCUCGUCGAAGUAUCGAGCUAAAAUAUGGUUUAGAUGCGGCUCGAUUGGCCGAUAGAGCGAUUCAAGCUGCUCAGCAUGCGGAACGGCAGAAGAACCUUCAAAUCUGGACUGCUCGACAGGCUCGACAACGGGCUAAGCUUGCAAUGGAGGUCGUUAGAGAUCAAGAACAAGUCCUGGAUCUGGCAAGAGCAGAGGCGCAACGUCUGAGUGAAAUUGCCGGGACGGAGGAGGAGGUGAUACAGCUCACGACCAGAGUCUACGAAGAUGUGCGCCAAAAAGCCGAUCAACGGUUCGACGAGUUUUAUUCCGCUGCCAAAAAGGGCAAGAUCAUCGACAUGGCAAGUCCCCUCUCGAUUUAUCCGUCUCACAUUGAAGGACAGUGGGAGAAGGCGUUCUGUCGGACUCUGGAAGACCCCAUUCAUCCGAGUUCAGAGGUUGUAUGUUUCCAACCGGUAGGUCGAUCAUUAGCAGACUUCGACCUGUCCGAGCACCGAGCCAGGUCCAGCCUCUUCCUGCUACUCGACCGUCCGGUCCCAGCGGUUCGCAGCGAGGCUCUACCCAUCCCUGCAUCGCCCAACGUUGCUGAUCUCACGCCCUUCCUGUGGUAUUCGAAAGUAGCUGGCGUCCCCGAGCAGUGUCCAAACACAGGCACUCGGACAAACUGGAGAAGGGAUGUCGUCUUUGUCCCGUUGAUGCCGAAAUUUUCAACGAGGGCUACAUUAGCCGUGGUGAACCCCCAGACGAUCCCGCCGUCCAGGUGA